UUUGAUAGGAAAAAAGAGUGUACCUGGUGCCCAGAGUCAAAGAGAGAGAGAGAGAGAGAGAGUAGCGUAAUUGGAAGGAUGAUGAAAUUGUUCGAUGCACACUGUCACCUUCAAGACCCAAGAAUAAUUAGCAAGGCACCAGAGCUGAUUGCUACAGCUCUUGACACUGGUGUUGUUCGUUUUGCCGUUAAUGGAGUCUCCGAGAAAGAUUGGCAUUUGGUGAAGCAGAUGGGUGAGAACUAUCCUUCUGUAAUUCCAUGCUUUGGGCUUCAUCCAUGGUUUGUUGCUGAGAGAACUCCCAACUGGUUCAACACAUUGAAGGAAUGCCUUGAGUCCACUCCCUCUGCUGCUGUUGGAGAGAUUGGUUUGGAUAAAGGUUCACAUGGAAAACAGAUUGAUUUCACGGUUCAGAUUGAAGUGUUCCGGCAACAACUUGAGCUUGCAAAAGAGUUGAAAAGGCCAGCAUCCAUUCAUUGUGUUCGUGCAUUUGGCGAUCUUCUUCAGAUAAUGAAAUCUAUGGGACCUUUUCCUGCUGGCUUUAUUCUUCAUUCGUACUUGGGCUCAGGUGAAAUGGUACCAGAAUUUGCCAAGCUUGGUGCUUACUUUUCAUUCUCUGGAUUUCUUAUGUCCUUAGAAGCUCGGAAAGCAAAGAAAAUGUUAAAGGCGGUACCUUCUGAAAGGAUUUUAUUGGAGACAGAUGCACCUGAUGCACUACCAAAGUCAGAACUAGGUUCACUGUUUCUGAUUGAUGGAGAUCCUUCCAUCCCUGAAGAGCUCCAACGGCAAGGGGGAAAAUUAAGCACUUCAAGUGAUCUGACCCGUGAUGAAAAAGAUGCAUCAACACUGCCAAAAGAGACAUUUAAUCAUCCAGCAAACAUUCAGAAUUAGAGCAAAUCAAUUUCUAGUUUUUGGCAUGCUCUUUUCCACCUUGACUCAGGUAGAACUGGGGUGAAUGAUAAAUAAGGGUGUAAAAAGGCAGUUCAAAGAGACUAAGUGCCAUAUGAGAAAAAAUUACAAAACUUUUUGACAAUUAGUGGAAUGGAGAGUCGCGUAGGUCUGGCCUGUUCCCAAAAUUUGAUGGGAAGAUACAUGCAUAUUAAAAGGGUAAAAUAAAAAUAAAAAGAACUUUUGAAAUUAAAAACCAAUACGUAGAGGGAAAGAGU